AUGGAGAGUCCCCACGAGCACCAGCAGACUGUUCUGCUUUCCCGCAUCAUCACCAACGUUGAAAAGCUCAAUGAAGCUGUGAUGGUCAUGAACAAAGGACUUCAGGAGGUCAAUAUCCAGAAUAUGAAUGUCGAGCUUGUUGCGCAGAUGUUCAAGAACUAUCAGUCUAAUGUUCUCUUCCAUUUGGAAGGUAAGAUAUGCUGA